CAGGAUGGUCCAGAGUGUUUCGAUACACCGCGAGACGCCAAGUCAGCAGCAGACGCCAUCGAGCUUUGAGCUGUUGUGGAGGAGUGUAGACAACGCAAUGCCGGUGCCAUCCGUCAUCAUGCUUCAACAAUUCGUGAAGCUGGAUUUCAAACCCAACUCCAAGAGGAAGCUGUCCCUUCUCCGCCCGAGCAGAGGCUCUAUUUUUGCAAGGGACAACAAUACCUGCCAGUACUGCGGGUCCCCGGCGACAACCUUGGAUCACAUUGUUCCCAAGUCGAAGGGUGGGCAACACUCAUGGGAGAACCUGGUAGCGGCCUGCUCCUCGUGCAACAAGAAGAAGGGAAGUAGAUUGCUCAGCGACAUGAGAGACGAUAAGUUCAAGCUGAUGGAUAAACCGAAACACCCUGGGCCCUGGAACAUCAUGCGACUGAGACUCUUAGCGCAAGCGCCGAAGGAUGGGAGUUGGUUGAGGUUUUUCGGAUAGUAAGAAGCGAGUAGGAGCAAUGCACCUGUCACAGCCCGAUCGCCGCUGAUCUGUGGUAUGCUGAAGUAGUCCGGACAGUGGGGGAGACGGAGGACAAGAUCGGUCCGCAUAACAGGAUGGAGGAAAGAGGAACGGCAGAACAUCACCGGUUGAGUGAGAACUUUUCAUGUAUAUUGCCACAAGUACUUUUAAAAAGCAU